AUGUCUUCAAACCAAUGGCUGGAACUGCUGCCCAGUGAACUUCAUUUCAGGAUUCUCUCACACCUUACACCUCACGAUUUGUCGAAGCUUGCACGCACCUGUCAGCGCUUCAAUAACAUAGUCACACCUCUCAUCUGGAAUGACAUUGAGCUUCAUGAGGAGGGAUACCAUGAAUCCAAACAUGAGCCCGACGUACCGCCUCCUGCGAGAGAUCCUGCACGUCGGCCUUACCACUCAAAGCAGCCAUGGGGAAAUGGACAAGGUGCCUCAAUGAAGGCAGAAGCCUUCUUCAACAUGCUGCAGACGAUGCACAAACAAGAUUUUGAGCGCUUUGAGCAUAUCACGAAACGUGUCAGACAUCUUUGUACAAUUGUUGAACCCUCAUGGCAACCGAGAACUGAAAACUAUGAGAUAAUCGAUCCUGAAAGCAUCCGAAUCUGGCAUCUCUUGCCGUAUUUUUCAAACUUGGAGACUUUGGAACUUCACGGGAAUGAGGACUAUCAAGAUAAGAAUAAGGAAAAAAACUUUGAGAUUCUCGGCCCUACUCCACGCCUUCGCUUCGCCAAGCUCUGGGGGUAUAUGCCUCGAGCAAUUCCAGCGUGGCUCCUCAGAUCUGGAGAAACCCUUGAACGUCUAGAACUCGGCAUGCUAGACCGCCCAAUCUCAACAAACUUGUCAAACAGCCCCGAUUUCACCCCUCUUCCCUCUGAGAAACUCAACGCCGACGCGGAGGGGGAUGAUGAAUCAGAUUGGGGCAGUCUACACGCAGAGAACGUAAUUCCACGACCUCUAGGGGGGUAUCUCUCAUCCUACGGCACCGAUGACCUGGUAUUUCCAAAUCUGAAGCACCUUUACCUGUGCCAACCAUCCGAAUCCUUAUACCCUGACGAUUUCAAUGAAUACAGUUGGUCCUCACGCGCAGAAUCAGCCUGCCAUGGCGACUGGCGUCGGAUUAUGCAAGCUUGCGUCGGCACACUGGAGACAUUAGUGCUAGAGCAGAGGCCAGCAGCCGAAUACAUCGAAGGUGACGGUCUAUCUGAACUGGAAUGGAUGACAGGCCGUACCACCAGCGCCGCAUGUCGUGAGUUAUGCGAUAUGACUCACGAGGUUUUGGCGACUGAUGAAAGCCUGGCUCUGAAACGAAUCUAUUUCUACGGUAUGUUGGUUAACUCGUCUGGUAACGAGUUGAUGUCGCUUCUAAAAGAUCGUGGAGUUGUGCGUGAAGCUAGGCUUGGGCAAUGGUGUUACUUUGAUCACAGCCCUGGAGUAGUACAUUGGUGUUCAUGGGAUGCAGCCUAUGAUUCUGAGGAUGAGGAAGAUGAUGAAGACAAUGAAGAGGAGGAAGAAGAAAAAAUGAGAUGGAACAGUUUGCUGCCGAUAGAUUGA